AUGGCGACAGACACAGCAGGAGCGGCGGGAGUUUGCGCUGUAGCGGAGCCGGGCGGGGACGAUGAUGACGACGACGAUGGUUGGCUGUUCGCCGCCGCAUGCUCCGAUGGGAUCGGCGGCAGCCCCGACGCGAUUGGACGCUACGCCGCGAUCAUCAAGGACGUCGACGCGCACGUCUACCGGCGGGGGAUGGCGGUGCUGGCGAUGGGGAAGGCCCUUGGGCGCGAGCUCGGGAAGCUGUCAGGAAGCUCGGCUUCGGUACAGAAAUUCCGACAGGAAUGCGGUGGCGCCGGUGGUGUUCUCGACUCCGUUCUGGACAUCCUCGGUCAGUGCACCGUAACAUCACGCACCAAAGCGGGGCGUCGAAGGGGGAAGGCCCCGGCCUUGUUGGCCGGGUGUGGCGUUGCAGACGCCCUAGCCAUUCGCACGAACUGCUGUGCCCUCGUCUCCCUGUUGGCUUCGGCCUUGCUGGAGACGGCGGCGACGAGAACGACGGGGAGCAAUGGCGCCGAGAACGUCCAAGUUGCCCCUCGUCCUGACCAAAACACCGAUAGCCCACGAAUGGAAGAAAAUGACAAGCUUGGCGGUGGCGGUGGCGGUGGUGGUGAUUGCGAAGGCAGGGGCGCAGACCCUCUUUUCCAAGCUGCUUCCCAUGGCGUCGGGGUUGAUGUAUGUACCGCGUUUGUACCCAUGAGCGCCAAACCUAACCCCGAUGUGGUCUGCCUGGUUCGGAAAAAGGGGUGGGCGGCGAGGCAACAACAGCAACAGCAACAUGUGCAGCCCACGGAAGGACCAGUGGGGACGAUUACGACUCGAAACUCGAACCAUUCCCGAGUGUGUGGAAUCAACAGCCUGCUCAAGACCAAGCAGCGUUGGGCGCGUCGUACCCCGGGCGCACGGCUUGGUGGUAGUACCCCUGUCUGCGAAGCGGCCACGGCAUCUUCUGACCACCCACAAAAAUGCAACGGGCUAAAAGCAGCUAAAGGCCAGCAUUUGGACCGGGUAGCGCUAAACGUAGCCCAUCCGAGCGGCAGAGGCAGAAACCGCGACACCAAACACACGGGAGAGGUUGUUAGUGGCGGUGCUUUGCCCAGGGAACACUCCCCCUCAUCGGAAACCCGGCAAUGGCGUCCUCGUCAUCACCAGUCUGUGUCCGACAGACUUGCUUCCCCGCCCAGACUCAGUCGUGUCGGGGGGGGUGGAACCCCCGCUCCUGGGCCGCGGCAGCCGGGUCGGUCUCCUCCAUCAGAGGGGCGACGUAAAGUGGACAAUGGGAACACUGUCUUGCCGUUGGGACUGUCAAGCCCUGUCCACCAAGACCGAAAUAUACCAAUACCGGAAAAUGUGUGGCACACGGUAUCAGUUUCGCGGCGAAAGCAUCGGAAAGAAGCACCCGCAGGCGAGCGGUCGCCACCGGCCAUCACCCUCACCCCGGGAGCAAGAUCGGAGAGGUUCAGGACCCAGCCUCCCGUACGGCCAGCCGUUCUUUUCGGAUCGGAUCCCGUGCGCGAAUCGGAGUUCAACACCUACUGGGGGAAGGACAACAAUGCCUUCGCCGCAGACGCCAAGCUGGGCUACCAGGUCCCUCGCCUCUGGUUCCCCCACGCUAAACCUGGGCAAGCAAGGGAUCACUUGGAGGGGCGAGCGUCCGCCUCUGCCGGCGUUUCGAUGCCCGGCCCCCGCCCCCGGGCUUCCGGGGGUGCGGACCAACCGAUCGGGAGCGACGCCGUUGUCCAAGAGUACCAGCAAAUGCAGGCGUUUCGAACUUACAGCGCCCUAGCGCAGACUCGCCCCUCGUCUGCCGAGCCACUGCAUGGCGUCGAAGCCAACGCCGCCCUCGUAAGCACGCUGGGAAGGCUUCCUGAAGAAGAAGACGCCGCGAUCGCGCAAGAGUGGAGUCCUCGCAGAGGACGAAGGCCCCGACGACUACUCCGUGCUGCUGCUGCCACACAGCAACAGCACGACGAUCUAGGCCAGCAGAUGUUGGCGUCGCCGUCUGCUGGCGGCGGUCGGCGGCGGACUCGUGACAGCUCGUCCAGAUCACCUCGACCAGGGAGAAAGGAACGCGUGGGACGACGCCCAGACAAUGCUCCGUCCGUGCCAAGGUCGCCUCGGACGGGAACGUCGCUGUCGUGCUCUCCGGCCAGGCGAGGGAGAGGCAGGAAGAGGCGCCGCCGGGUCGGCAGACGUGGAGGAGGAGGAAAAAGAACAUUCCAGGGGCCACAUGGCGACGACGAUGAUACUCUAUCGCUUCAUACUGCCAGCGACGGAGGCAGCAGCGGCCGCCGUUCUUUCGAAGCGAGUAGAUUCUUGCCGUAUGGCUUGUCGCCAAGCCCCGCAAGGCGCUACGACCCCGCCGCAGCGAAACCGUUGGGAAAUCUUGGCGGGCCGUUCAUGCUGCCCGGGUCACCGUACCGCACUUACAGAGCCAAACACUAUCGCCUCCUUCGGGCGCAGUCUUCGGAGCGAGCGGCUGCCCGAGCGAGGCGCGAGAAACUCCGGGAAAGUCUGGACAAGUGGUGGGUUCCCAGGAGCAGGAGCGCCGACGGUGCUGGUCCAAGGCGAGCACGCCGUCACGGGAGCGGGAGUUCGGGUAUGACCUCGCCGCUGCUACGGGGGGGAGGAUUCGGCCUGCUUCAAUCGCGAGUCACGCAAAAGGUAGCUCUGGGGUAUCAGCUCCCUCGCGAUCGGUGCAGUGCCUCUGGGCGCGAACGGGCCGCGGCCGCUGCUGCAGAACAAGCCCUCCGCGCCAUGUACAAACCGGUGCCUGAGCCGAUGUCUCCCGGACGCGCCGAUCGAAAUCGGAAAACUACGGCCCACCUUCGCCUCAGCGAUUCCUUGUCCGAUGAAGAGGAGAUCACAUACCACGAUGAUGAUGUUUCUCCAAGGCCGCCCUCAGCUGGACACGGCGACAUCCUCUACGGUGACAGCGGCAGCGACAGUAGUGUCGCUGCCUACGACGAUUCUGAUGCUGCUGCGUCCGGUCGAGGUCGAGAGGGCUUUCCCGUCACUCGACAUUUCGCCCGAUCUGGAAUGCGUUGGCCCAGCCCACCAAAGCGCGCGAGGGCGCGACCUAGCCACUACCAACGCCGCUACCCUGCGAGCUUGGGGAGGACAAGGGACGACGGUCGUCGCCGCCGCUGUCGUCAUCAGAUGGCGGAGGAAUCACGGGGUGGAAGGGCACACGGAGGUUGCCAUUCGUGGUCUCCACCGCGGACGAGAACGCAAUCCUACGGCGCUUUCCCCACGGUCACCACUGCGAGCAGCAGCCGGAACACGACCGCCUUUGACCGCGAGGAAGGGCGAGAGACGGCGCACUCUGGGUACGACUAUUACUUCCAAGACGGCGCGGGAUACGAGCGUGCUGCCGGGUAUUCCAGCCAUCGCCACCGAUCCCUCUCUCCCUUCCUUCUACCGCUCGACCCCUACCGAGGCUCGCGGACCGUCGUCCGCGCUGGAAGCCUUGUCUCUCGUCGGGAUGCUGCGGCCGCUGAGGUCUCCUCUCGUCGAGCUGCUCUCGCCAAUCGGAGGGCUUCCGAGUCGCGGGUCGCAGCGGAGAGGCCUACCACUGAAGAUGCGCCGACGUCGUUCUCGUCCCCCGGACACGGCCGUCGGGGCAAGCAGCGAACACGAACACGUGGUGUCGACGUUGGCAGCCUCGGGGGCGGCGGUCAAGGGUAUGGGUGGGCGACGAGUGGAGCGAUACAGGAGGAAGACGAAGAGCUGCGCGGGGACAGGAUCCGGCGUUUCCUGCCGUCGGUCGAGAGCAUGAGCAGGGAGCUGGAGGCGAUCAAAAGGGCCGACGCUGCUAUGAGGGAAGAGCAACUCGCACAGGUACAACUGAACACCAAUGCGCUGCCUCUGGCGCUCCUACUCGUGCAUCCCGGUGGCGCGGCCCGAGUGCGAGACUUCGUCGCGCGAGCUCUCUCGCUCUGGCAGAGGGAAAAGUCGAGGGCGAGGAUGACACAAGCGUUGGCGAGAUGGAAAGCGUUUCGAUUGUUUCUCAGCAUGCACUACAGCAAGCCGCUCGGGGGAGCCCUCAGUGACAUUUAUCUGGAAGAGGAGAGAGAAGGCGUUCAAUUCAAGAUUGAUUCGAGCAUCAGGAAAGACCGCCGGUGCUUCUGGGCAGCUUCCAUCGCCAUCCAGACCAGGUGGCGCAUGCUCCCGAAACGGGCCUUCUUCCGCCUCCUCAAGAAGGAGGUCAAGCGCGUGCAGACGCACUUUCGGAUGUGGAGUGACCGGCGUGUGUACCUCUUCUUUAAGCGACAGCGGCAGACGAUCAUGGCGCAGAGCUUCGCAAGGUUGGUGAUCUGGAGGCCCAAGUGGUGCAGGUUCCGGGUAAUCCCUCCCGUCAUACAGCGCUUUGUCCGCGGGCAUCUCGCCAGACAAAAGGUCCGUCGAAUGCGACAAGCUCAGUACAGAGCACUGGAGGUAACGAUGGGGAAGGCGGUGCCGUUUCAGACGGCGUGGAGGGGCUUCGCCGCGAGGCGGGCUUUGCGAGCACUUCAAGAGGAGAAAGAUAAGGAGUUUCAUGCAGCGGUACUUCUGCAACGCGCGUGGUACAGACGCAUGAAUCAGUUCCCGGCGUUUGUGCUGGUCUCAUGCCUGCGGAUAAUGGACAAGUCCGACACGGAUAACGCCAGAUCCGCCCGGCUGUUCGACCUCAGCUUGCGCGCGAGACUCUUGCAGCGUACAUACCGGCGGAGGUAUCGGUUUCGGCAACGGAGAGCGGCGAUCUUGAUCCAAUCGUGGUGGAGGAUCCGGACAGGAUCAGAUUUCGUGGCCAGACUCCGAGCGGAGAAGUGGGCUAGUAGGAAGCUUCGCUGCUGGCUGACGGCCUGCAUGAAGCAGAAGCACCACGCUUCGUGGCUUAUCGCCCUUUGCUGGCUAAGAUCCCGCCCCGGACGGCUUCUGAUACAUCUUCAGGACUUCCGGCAACGAGAGGAAGAGGAAUGGUGGAAGGUGUGGCGGGAGGGACGAGACUUGGCGGCCGCUAAGCUGCAGGGCGCGGUACGAGGACAGCGAGUGCGGAGGGAGCUCUGGGCGGAGCGCGCGGCCGUGUUCGUCCAACGAAUUGUUCGGGGCUACAUCCAUCGUGCGCGCGCGCGCAAAAGACUUGAAGAGAGGAGGAAGGAGCAGGCUGGUGACUACGUCUUCGAACUCCUUGAAGAGGGGAUUAGGAAAGAGACGUCUAGGCGGGCCUGGAUCAGGGCGUCCGCCGGGGACAAGCUUCGAGCCUGCGGCCGAGGGCUAGCAACGCGAAUGGUCUUGAAGCGGGCAGCCGAACGAGUACGGGUGGAGAUUCUCAUGGCCAUACGAUUGCAACGCUCGUGGAGAUACCGGCGCGGCAUGCUGGCAUCUAUACGACAGGCCCUCAAGGAACUCCGCCGGAUGAAGUCUCCCUUCGCAUCCGUCGGACCGCGAGUGGAAGACGUGGCCGCCGCAUCGAUAGCGGCCGCCUCGGUCCAUCUGAACCCUCGCAACGGCCCCGCCGGCUGCGGCCUCUGGAGGCUAUGCCGGCGGCUCGGGUGCGAUGGGGACGUGUUUCCCCUCUUGAAAUCUGCUGGGAUUUCUGGGUCUGAGGGUUUGAGAGGACUCUUCGAUCAGGACCUCAGAAAACUGGGCAUUUCCGACGUCCCUCUCGCGAAACAGCGGCAUGGAGGGGGCAGCGGCGGCGGCAAUGGCGAGGGUGUUUUCGAAGCUGAGAAGUUACGGGCGUUGCUGAUCGGGCUGGUUUGUACCGCGGACCCAGCCCAGCCCCGGCGGAACAUGAUCCGGAAAGUGUUCCUGGAGUGUUUCGGGGCAGCGAUGGCUCAGCGUGCAGACAACUUCUCGGCCGCUUUGUCGGAGGGGGGACCGGGCGAGCGGGCGGAGGUCACGGCUCACCAGCUGAGGCGAUAUUUCGGGCUCUGCGGUACACCGUCUACUGCUAAGGCGCGUCUGCCCUCGCUCAUCACUCCAACGCCGGAGGACGAGCACCGCCGCGCUUCCGCCAACGACAGGCGCCGCCUCGCGUCGAGCCUCUCGUUCUUGUCCGCCGGCGCCGACAGGGUUUGCUUUCUGUACUGCGUUCCCCCGGCGGAAACGAGGGCAGGGGGCGGCCCGGCAACGAAGCUCCUGGAAGACCUGCGGUCCCUCCCGGAGAAGGCGGACAACGAGAAGCAGCAGCAGCGGGCCCGACGGGCGGCGCGCGGGGAUACGUUCGAGGUUAUGGACGAACACCGGCGUGCGAUGAUGGCCGUGGCGACGUCACUGUACGACAUUCUGCAGCACCUCACUGAACUUGGACACGCCUCCAAGAUUGUUCGGAGGGCGUACCGCUCGCACGCGGGGAGGAGCUUGCUGGCGCUCUCGAGACAUGAACUGGCCCUGAAGCGGCACUACGAUGGCUACCUGCUGGAGCGCGGGACUAACCACGUGAAGGUGGAAUGGGAGAGGGCGAGAAAGGCCGAAGCAGAGGAGCAACAACGCCAAUACGAAGAGUGGCUACGACAGGAGGAGAAACGUCAUGUAGAAGAAGAGCUCUAUCGGUGGGGGGUGUUGCGCUACGGGUGGCGAGAAGAAGAUCUGGAGGGAGUUCCAGGCGUGAAGGUUUACCGCCUGUAUAAGAGGGUUCAAGCGAAAUGGGACGCGGCCGAGGUUGGCCCGAGAGGACCGGACAUGGUGGAUAUGUUGCAAGAGGAAAGCGAGGUUUACCCGCUCUACCGCUACGAAGACGAGAUGGCCGCGAGGAAACUCGUUCGCGCGGGUCGGGCGUACAUCGCUCGAAGGGUCUUAUACAUCCUCCGGCGGGAUAAGAUGAGGCUGGAGAAAGAGCGCCUGGAGCGAAUCGAGUGGGAGCGAGCGGAACGGAUUGCAGAUCAGCAUGUGACUGCCCGGCUUCCGCUGGUUACUGUUUCAGCGAAGCGAUACUUCCAUGCGACGCCUGACGAGCUCAACGACGACCCAUACAUUGAAGGAGAGUUCGAACCGCCCUCGGAUGACCACCUGAGCCUCUGGGUAGGCUUCCUGGUGGAUGCACGAACUCCGGCGAGACCCUCCAAAACCGGUUCUACCGGCAGGGGACGAAAGGGCAACAACAACAGGGGAUCGACGGCUGCUGCAGCGAACGGUCCUUCCAGUGGCGGCAGCAGCAGUAGAGCCUCACAAGCGACAUCGCCGACGAGGGGGGAAGGCGCAUCGGGGGGACAGUGGAGGGGCCCGGCAGGGGAAGGCUGGAUGCGAGGCGAGGUGUUCCUGGUGAACCCAACCGAGGUGGUGUCCGCGGAAGGGGUCAAGAGGUACCCGAAGGGCACGUUUGGAAUCAGGUACCUAGAUACAGGCGAAGAGAUCCCCGAUGUGCCUCGCGACUGCAUCCGCGCGCUCACGCUCACGCCCGGGAUGAAGGUAGAGGCGAGAUACGGCGGGGGCCUCGACUACUAUCCAGGGGUAAUCGAAGGGGUUAAUACGAGAAAUGGAUUGGCCCUGUCCUACUCCGUCAAGUACGAAGACGGGGACACUGAAAAGGUGGUCAAGCGGGGUCACAUCGCUCCCUUUCCCGAAGAGGUGGCGGCUCUGGAUGCCGUGGCGGCCGAAUUAAGGGGGAAAGCGGCUGUCCGACGCGAUCGUGCAAAGUUUUUACAGCGUCGCAGGGCCGUGGUUGCGUCUGCGUGGCGCGAACGAGUCCAAAAGGCGGAGGACGACUAUCUCGCCGCCGCCACCGCCGCCGCUGUGGUCGCCGAGGCAACACCAAAGAAGCAGGCCUCGGGCAAAGGAGGGGCAAGGGGUCACCACUUUGCCUCAGCUGCCGUCGCCGCCCGCCGAGUGGGUGGUGCUAAGGGUAAACGCGGUAGCACAGGCGUUCGAGGCGGCGUCCGCGCAGGGAACGGCCGAGGCGGCUCUGGACGCGACGUCAGCGGCGGCGGCGAUGUGGACGCGCUGGCUUGUAUAGGCAUGAUCGAAGCCGCGGAGAGGCUUCAUACGGAGACCAGACCACGUGUGGCCGUCGCGCUCAAGAUCGACUACACCCGCCAGGCAACGCGCUUCGGAUGCAGCCAAGUCCAAACUUCGGCGGGCCUUUUGUGGAAGUCGAACGUUACCAAGGCGUUCACAAGGGGCAGGCCAAGGUAUACCUUCGAGGAAUCGGCCGCCAUGCGCAAGGUGCAGGCCGCCUGGGCGGGGUUCAUGGGCAGGCGAGCCUUCCGCGACCAGCUGGCGAAGCAAAGCAUCCGCGGUCUGGCAAUGGUGUGCAUCAACGAGGCGUCGUCUCAUGCUUGGAUCGGGCACGAAGAGGAGGGGCUAACCAUCGAAAUGUGGCUGUUGAGAGCGGGGGUUUCACCCCCGGACGCGCACAGAGUGGCUGCGGGUGCCACCAAAGCGCUUUCGCAGCUGGCAGCUUCUCGUGGCGGCGGCGGUGGCGGUGGCGCCGGAUAUGGUUCCAAAGCUGGCGGGAAAAGCGGUGGCAAUCGCCGGGCACAGCCUUCUUCCGUGUCGUGCUCUGCCUUCCGGAACUGGCUGGGGGGAAGCAGUAGAGGUGUGGCGGCGGCGGCGGCGGCGGCGGCGGCGGCAACGGCAGCGGCAGGCGGAGCGGUGCGCACAGGUGGUGGUGUUGCGUCGGGGGCCGCCGGUGACGCGAAGCUGCUCAAGCUCGGGCUCGAGUCGACCGUGGAUCGGCGGAGGGUGAUGGCGGUGGUCAUGAAAGAGGAGCCGAACCCUUCCUUAAUCAACUGGUUCGAGGGGCCGACAGACCACAAGACGGUUUCGGCCGCCAUCGCCGCCGGGGAAGCACAGGCGUUCAAGCUCGUGUGGAAGACCUUCCCCGGGAACCAGUCCCGUGCCGAGAGCAUGUCGAAAAGGGUGGCGGCGUCAAAGUACCCGGUGACGAGGAUGCAACUCACGGCGUGGCUCAAGAGGCACGAUGGUCGUCCCGGAGUCGCCCAGUCAUCCAUGUCCGAGCAGCUCGUCGACGUAGCGGUAACGUCCUCGAGGGAGGCAGAGUCAGCGGCGUACGAGGUGUACCGGCUCUUCUGUCAGCGUCUCUCUAUACUGGCCUCCAAUAUGCGCCUCACGGGGCUGCGGAGCGCCAUCACUCACGCUGCGGCCAAAGCCGACGGCAUCCUCGCAACCCACGCUGAUGCCGCUUUCGACGGUAGCAAAGACAACACCGGCGAAGGCAACCUUGCUGCUAAGAUGGGUUCAUCAUCGUCCUUAUUAAAAGGAUCUCGCAGAAAGGAUGGCAGCAGCAGCGUGGAUGCUGCUUCUGGGAAUAGCAAAGACGGUCGGAAGCAAGCAACCGCGGCCUUGCAGGCGCUGAAGGGGAAGCUUGGCGAUGUCGGGGAAGCGGAAGAUGCAGCGUCGAGAACCUGGGCGCAUGCAAGAGCGGCGCUGGUGCUGAGAACAGAAGGCGUGUCCGUUGCUUUGCGCUGGGUUUCCGCUGCAAAGGCCAUCCAGGUGGCCUUCCGAGGGUUCCGGUGCCGUAGUUCCUACCGCGCGCUGCUGGCAAGGAGGAGGCGCGCCGCGACCAUGAUACAGUCAGCGGAGCGGCGCAAGAGAGCAUGCGCGACGGCAGCAGACCUGAGAGAACAACGCGCUAGCCCGUGGGAACAGCUGUGGGACGACGAAAAUGGCCGACUGUAUUUCUUCUUCAAGGCAUACGUACCAGGAGCGAAGGAUACGGGUGAGUCAUAUUGGGACCCUCCGGAUGAGCCGUUCCGACCAAUGAUCCGCGACCGACUGUCUGGAGCCCUCGUUCAAGCCUGGCCGCAGCUAGAAAGAGAGCUGUUGGAGGCGGUUGGAGCAGCACCGGGGUACUGCAUGCAAUGCAAGACAGAGAAAGCCACCCGAGUGUGCGACCAGUGCACGUUUGGCGGACGGAAAAAGCCUGCGUGGGGCGGCGGCAAAUACCACUUGUGCUUCGUCUGCUUUGCGGAGCGACACGCCGACACACCAGAACUCACCAGCCACACGUUCACUCCCGUCCAUACGCCUGGGAGUGGCGAGCUCACGUGCAGCCUGUGCGACCGUCCGGCCUCGCGCAGGUGUAGGGGCCUCGAGCUGCCGGAAAGGGCGCUGGUCGUCGCCGCUCGCAUGCUGCAGAACGCGCGGCUGGCGGCCGUCUUGGAGGGCACGGCCGCAAGGGGGCACCCACCCCAUCCGUCGUCGUCGUCGUCGCGGUCGCCGGGCGUUCCCAACAGCUCGUCCGCGGCCACGACGAAGGCGUCAAGCUCGACGGCAACGGGAGGAAGCAUCUCCUUGGGCGGUGGUAGCAACAGCAACAAGACGAGGAGGGCCGGUGAUCCCCCGGUGUCCCGUGAAGAGUUCGAGCGCAUCCUGGCCGUUUGCGACCUGCCCUACAGCCUCACGUGGGCGGAUGCUACCUACGAGCUGUGUAACGGGGAGGUCGGGGUGCAAGGAGAGGUGGAGGCCUACGGCGGUUACGGCGAAGGCAAGGCCAAAGAGAAGAAGAGGAAGGUGCUGCGAACGUCUGAGCAGUUUUGGGCUGCCUUCGGAGCGGCACUGGUUUCGGCCGGCGAUGAUUGCGACGAUCUGCUGUGUGGCGAGUGCUGGGAGAGCGUCCACAAGCGAGGCGUCCGAGCGAGUCACCGCUGGGAAGGCUUCCGCACGGGAUCGCCGGCGUGCGUGGCGUGUCGCCGCAGCCCUGCAGAGCGAAAGUGCAACGUCUGCAAUGAUCUACUGUGUGCGCCCUGCUUCAUUGAGAGUCACGCUAGGGGGAAGAAACAGCGACACUCUUGGCGGACGUGCCUGGAGGAGCCGUUGGAGCUACCCCGGUGCAGUGAAUGCCAUCGUAGGGUGGGCGACAGGCGGUGCGAGAGCUGCGAGGUAGACCUAUGCGACUCAUGCCAGGCCUUCACGCACGCAAGGACAUGUCCUCACGCCAACGAAGAAGGGCGUAAGGGCUCCUCAACAGCUGGCGGCGACCACAGCGGGAAGCACGCGCCCAAGAGAGCUUCGUCUAGUGGGGCCGUCGGAUGCGGGGGUCGUCACCCGGCGGUCACGAAGCGACAGAAGAGGGAGACGGACGAAAUUUUUGCCUCCCUCACCCUGGAAGGGACCGAGCUGAAAGGAGACCUCAGAACGUUGUACGCCCUUGACCGAAUCCUGGGAGUUGUGGAAGAUUCCUCCGAAGACACAGCCACAACAGAAGCAGGGGCAGCUAAGCAACAGAAGAAGAGGAACGGGGGUGAAAAUGAAACGAAUACGAAAGAGGAGGGCGAAGAAGACAAGGAGAAGGGGGAGGAGGAAGAGGAGGAGAUAGACGAGAUGCCGCUGGUUUGUGAUGUAUGCGGGAAAACUCCGGACGUCGAAUGCGAGGAAUGCGGCACCGUGUACUGCUCCAACACCUGGGUCGGCAACCCCGGGUGCUUCAUCAGAGAUCACGAGCGGGGGAAUCGCCGCAAACACACCAAACGCGGAUACACGCACGCAAAGGACUUGUUGAAAAGGGCAAAGAGGAAGGAGAAGGAGGAGAAGGAGCGAAAAGAGCGGGAAAGUCGCCAGAACGGGGAGGCCCGCCGGGACGAAAAGGCCAACAGAAAGCGGCGCCUGAAACUGGCUCAAGAACGCGAGUUGGCGCGCGAGCUGAGGCUUCAGAAGGAGGCCAAGAAGGAGCUGAAACGACGGAUUCGUCGCCGCAAGGCCCGGGCGGCGGGCCUCAACCCUUCUCUGCUCCCCAGACUCAGGGUCAAAGCAACGGAGUUUGCAAGCAAGCGAGGCUUUUUCUUGUCACAACACCCGAAUUUUCUCUCCGUUCGAAUACCUCCCGGCAUUGCGAUGACCACGCGAAGACUAGUGGAUGCCCUCCGGGGGCAUGAGAGGGCGGCGGGUCGAAGGGACAUUGAUACUAUUGGUGGUGACGGUAGGGGUAGAAGAAGUCCGAAGGGAGCGGCGAGAGACCGAAGCAGAAGUAGGACCAGAAGCCCGGCCAAGAAAAGGCAUCGAAAACGCCUGAAAUGA